AUGACUUCAAGAUAUUUCUUUCGUAGUUUUCGUCGUUUACUUCUAUUAUCUUCAUCUAAUAUUCGAUAUUCAUUUCGAAAUAAUCAUCUUCUUCUAACUUCAUUAGCUACAGCGACUGUAACUAGUACAAUUAUUUAUAAACUAUCAUCAUUUGAUAAAUUAACUCAGUCAUUUAUUGUUCAUGCAAAAGCACUUGAAAAAGAUCAAUCUCCAAUUGAAAAACAAUUUUUUCAAGCUGCUCAUGAUGGUCAAUUAGAUAUUCUUCAAAAAUUAAUUGAACAAGAUAAACUUGAUGUUAAUCUACGACAUCCACUUGGUUGGACACCUCUUCUUGUUGCUGUUAUAAAUAAUAAAAUUGAUUGUGUCAAAUAUUUACUUUCAAAAGGUGCUGAUCCAAAUCAAUCAGAUGAAUUUACUAAUGUUCAAUCAAUGGCAAAAAAACUUCAUUGGCGUCCUGUAGAAGUUCAUACAAAACGAGAAGAAGAAUUUUGUGAUCGUUUAUCACACAAAGCAACAUUUAAUGGUUUUACCGCACUUCAUUACGCUGUAUUAAAUGAUAAUAUACCUUUAAUUAAUAUUUUGAUUGAACAUGGUGCUGAUCCGUUAAUUGAAAAUGAACAAGGACAUUUACCGUCUGCAUAUGGAUUACAACAACGUAAAGAAUUAUUAAAUCAAUAUGAAAGAAAUGCAAAAAAAUCACAUGAUGAAAGACUUAAAACUGAAAGACGACGAAGACCACUUGAACUUCGAAUAAAAGAACAUAUUGUAGGUCAAAAUUAUGCUAUAUUAACCGUUUGUGCUGCUAUACGUCGAAAAGAAUCUGGUUGGACAAGUGAUGAAUCACCAUUAGUAUUUCUUUUUCUUGGUUCAUCUGGUGUUGGUAAAACUGAAUUAGCUAAACAAAUAGCUAAAUAUUUAAAUGGAGAAAAAAAUCAAACACGAUGUUUUAUACGUAUUGAUAUGAGUGAAUAUCAAGAAAAACAUGAAGUUGGAUAUCAAGAAGGUGGACAAUUAACUGAUUUAUUAACAAAAUGUCCAACAGCUGUUGUACUUUUUGAUGAAGUGGAUAAAGCUCAUCCUGAUGUUUUAACAGUUAUGUUACAAUUAUUUGAUGAAGGACGAUUAACUGAUGGAAAAGGAAAAACAAUUGAUGGUAAACAAGCAAUAUAUGUUAUGACAUCGAAUUUAGCUAGCGAAGAAAUUGCAAAUUAUGCACAAGAUUUAAGAAGAGAAGAAGAAAAGAAACCAUCAUUAAUUAAUACAACAAUUCCGUCAGAUAAUACUGAUCAACAGCAAGAUGAUGAAGGAAAAACUCGCAUAACUGUAUCGAAACAAUUCAAAGAUAAAGUUGUUAAACCAAUAUUAAAAAAACAUUUUCGUCGUGAUGAAUUUCUUGGACGUAUUAAUGAAAUGGUUUAUUUUUUACCAUUUUCAAAAAGUGAAAUCAAUAAAUUACUUCUUAAAGAACUUGAAUUUUGGAAAAAACGAGCUAAAGACCAACAUAAUAUUGAUAUUAUUUGGGAUCGUAAAGCUCUUGAUUGUUUAGCUGAUGGUUAUGAUAUUAAUUAUGGAGCUCGAUCACUUAAACAUGAAGUAGAACGUUCUGUUGUUAAUCAAUUAGCUGCUGCUCAUGAACAAGGUUUAAUCGAAAGUGGUAAUCAAGUUCUAUUAACUGCACAAGAAAAUCUUUUUCAUACACCAUUUACAAAUGAAUCAAUAAGUAGUAGAUCAGUUAAAUUACAAAAAGUUGAAACAACAGGUGGACGAAGUUUAAUAAGUGGUCUCUUUCAUUCAGCAAAUAAUCAAGAAACAAAUAUAAUUUAUACAGACAUUAAACCUGAAGAUCAUCUUAAAAGAUAUCAAUUUUAA